AUGGCAACGUCAGGAACAUAUGUGACGGAGGUUCCGUUGAAAGGAUCAGCCGAGAAACACUACAAGAGGUGGAAGAGUGAGAACCACCUCUUCCCCGACGCGGUCGGCCACCACAUUCAAGGUGUCACAGUCCACGACGGCGAUUGGGACUCUCAUGGUUCCAUCAAGAUUUGGAACUACACAUUCGAUGGGAAACAAGAGGUGUUCAAGGAGAAAAGAGAGAAUGACGAUGAAAAUAUGACGCUAACGCUUAGAGGACUCGAAGGUCACGUGAUGGAGGAGCUUAAAGUCUAUGACCUCAUCUAUCAAUUCAUUCAAAAGUCCGCUGAUGAUAUCGUCUGCAAGAUCACUAUGAUAUGGGAGAAGCGAACCGAUGACUCACCUGAGCCGAUCAACUACAUGAAGCUCGUAAAGAACGUCGUGGCUGACAUGGACAACCACAUUAUCAAAACGUAAAUCCCUUUCGAACAAUCCCUUUUGUGUGUGUAUCUUCGUAUGGUUUCAUUAAGUUCUAUAUAUCACUGUUUGGGACUUGUAAUAUGCUUUAAUAUAUUGUUAAUUAUGGUGAUUACUUGCAAGGUUAUAUAUAUUUUACAUAUAUGUAUCCUUGUUAAUCAAUGAUUCCAAAGAGUAUUGUUUUCCCACUUAGCAAAGAAUCCACCAUUUCUGUAUUUGGUGGAAGUUCUGACUUCCAU